CAUAACCGCAACGCAACCAUCAGCAGGCGAAGCAGGAACAAAAGUCAAAAAACCAACAAAAAGCAGCAACGAACGAAGGUAUUGGAUCGUGCUUGUACCGAACGAGAGUGACGAAAGCGAAACCGGGGCGUGAAAAUUGAUUUUUCUUCAGCUGUCAAGUGAAAAGAGGAACGGAAAAGAUCCGACGGUUCCCAGCCAGCAGUUGGCCAAUGCGGAUUGUGUUACGGGAAUAGCUGCGUGUCCUCGGAGCGAAACGAUUUCAGGUACUUUCUUGGUCUCCAGCCCCCCGCGAGCGAACCUGGUGGAGUAAACUUUCCGGAACAAAUUUUCACGUGAAUCGGGAAGAAAGCGCUUUAGUGUGCGUUUAUGGUGUUUGCCUGUGAGCUGAGUGUUUUAUCGAUCCAUUUGUCCGGAAGGAUUUUUUCGUCGAUGAUUGUGGAAUUAUAGAGAGCGGAGAAGUGAUACCUAUUUUUGUUAAUUUAGAGGAAUACGGAAUUAACUGGGUAAAGAUUCCCCCUCGCUGGAAUAAGGAUUGUAUUGUGUAAGAUUAUUAGUGUUUUUGUGAAGUCGAAUUGUCAAUUUGCGAUCACAGGCAGAAGCAGUACCAGCAAAAAUGGCAAACAAACUAGCGCAAUUGCUUGUCAUCGAGCCAGCGAACGAACUUAAAUUUGUAGGUCCGUUCUGCACAGCUGUUUCAUCCUACAUGCGACUAACCAACCCGACCGACCAUAAUAUUCUGUUCAAAAUUAAAACAACUGCGCCUAAAAAGUACUGCGUGCGUCCAAACUGCGGUCAACUAGAUCCGAAGAGUACCAUUGAAAUUACCAUUAUCCUUCAACCAUUCAUCUUCGAUGCGGCCGAGAAGAACAAGCACAAGUUCAUGGUGCAAUCGAUGAUCAUGCCGGAUGGGGACGUUAGCCCCGAGCAGCUCUGGAAGGAUGUCAAUCCGGAUGACCUGAUGGAUUCGAAGUUGCGGUGCGUGUUCGAGCAACCGGUCGAUAACAAUCAGGCGUCGUCGGUUGUGCCGCUCACGGCAACGAGCACGACUGCCAACACUCAAACCGCUAGUGCUACGCCGAACAAAAACGAAUCAGGUGUAACGUCGAUGGACUCACAGCUUGCCGGUAACAUGAACAACGAGGAAGAAAAGCUGAGCGAUUCGUCACUAGUGCAGGAGAUGAAGAAAUUGCGGGAAGCCGAAAGUGCACUGCGUCACGAAAAUCUGCUGCUGAAGGAGAAACUAUUGCGAAUGCGAUUAGACCUGGAAAGCAGCAAGGAACAGCAGAUGCAAUCGGCGUCCUCGGUCUCGAGUGGACUCGGUUCGUCGAUGUCCGCUGGAGCGGGCUCGUCAGGCGCGGCAGCAGCAGCGGCAGCUCAGUAUCAGAAUCCGUACAGUCCGCCCCAGCUAGCCACCCAGCAGCAGAUUCCCAUCAUCUAUCUGGCCGCGGCGAUCGCCAUGGCUAUCUUUGGACUAAUUCUCGGUAAAUUUGUACUCUGAACACAGAAUGUCAACAACAGCACCGGCAAUGAUAAUAAGUUAAACUGAAACAAAAAAAAACAAAGUUUAAAUAGCACUAUUAAAGAGCAUAACAUAUGUGCUGGUUUUGGGAAAACGGUUACAAGCGGAGAAACAAAUUGCAUUCACUUAUUAUAAACAAAAAAAAAAUGCGGGGAUCGUGACGGAGAGGGAUACAUUGUACUACAAUAAAAAGCAGUUAUAACUGAUGCAGAACCUAGCAGUAAAAAUAAUUAAACUCUAAACAUGAUUAAUAAAAAAAGAGAAACUAUAGAAAAAAGCGAGAAUCAAUGUUAAGACAAAAAUACACACACGGUUACUGUAUAGGAUAAUGCAAAAGCCUGAACAUAAAAGCCAGAGAAGAAAUCCAUUCACGGAGAACUGUGGUGUUUUAAAAUCAAACAUAAAAGUCUGCUGGUGGCAGGUUCCAUGAGGAACAUAUUUAACCUAAAAGAUACCAAGAAUAAAUAAAACCGAAAGAAAGAAUGUUACAGGAAAUGAACAAUUAGUUAUCAAUCUUCUUGUUGUUGAUUUCCGCUAGUACACCAAUCUUUUCUGUUCAAAUAAAAAAAAACAAAAACACACAUACACAGACACAGAAUAACAACAGAAACGAUACUCUCGCUUAAGGAUAGAUUAUGUUCGUUGAGAAAUAACAGUUCAUCCCGCGAUGUCAGCAUUUUGAUUACCUAUCACUGCUUUCGAUAACAAUCAGAACUCUGAUCUCGAGAUCGCGAAACAGGACGCGCGAGGGUAAGAACAGAGAUGCGUUUGUUUCUUUUUUGUCGAGAGCAAAAGUCGUGCUGCAGUGCGUGAUGACGCCGGAUGUAAUGAAACGGAACAGAACUAGCAAUUAAGAUUUAAUAGUAGCAUAUAUAAGAAAAGCAUGUUUGUUAUGUUAUAGUUUGAAAAAAUCAUUAUCUACCUACCUAGCAUUCACAGCAACCGUGGCAAAAUUAUGCAAGUUUGGAUGACUCUUGGUCUAGGUACCGAACAGCUCGUCUAUAUUGUACUACCAUUAUUAUUUUUCAACCGUACACAAAACUUGAACAGCGUUCGAAGAUGAAGAAUCGACAAAAAUACCUUUUGAUUUGUAUGAAUAACAAUAAAAAAGAAAUACCCGGAAGAAUGAAUUAAAAGAAUAUAACCAUUUAUAAUUACCUAGUAAAAAAACAACCAUUACUGCGAUGCUUGAAAUAACACACCCAUACAGUCAAAAAAAUACACAAAAAUCGUACUCAAAGAACAAUCGCAGCCACACAACCAACACACACACACACCUAAUGAGCAUAAAGGAUGAAACACUCUCUGGUAGACAAACCAUUUGGUUUAGAUAUUGCGUGAGCCAUUAAAUCGUACUAAUUUGAGACAGAUUCUGAGAAGAAAAAAAAGAAACUCUACCAACUGUUAAUAUUUACCAAUAGGUAUUUUGUUUUGGUCGGUGUUGCUGCCGUAGAUUAUAGAGAACGGAUGCGCACUUAAUUGCUUACCAGAAAACAAUACCAUGUAACGUUCUCCAAUGUAGUGGAUUAAUCGAUUCAGUUGUAGAUUUCAUUGUCAUGUUUUGCAUUAGUUGUACCAAUAAUUAUUUGUGGGUUAGUU